AAUCUACGGACAGCUACAGUCUUCCCGGCUUGUUGAUAUUUUUGAUAAUUACUAUCUGCAGUAGGUAAACUUGGCAUACUUGACUAGGAUUAGGGGUAAUAUGUUAUUGGAGAUUAAAUAUGUGGCCGUUUUCUUUAUAAUGGACGGUUGUUUCUGAAUUUUUGGAUAUGUUUACUCUAUGUUAUUUACCAGAUGCGUCUCUUGAUUAGUCAACAAACAUGGCGGCUGUUAAGGUAGUGGCUGGCCGAUUGCAGGCCACAAUUUUCGUCUUUAUUGGACUUAUCAUGACCGUAAACGGAGACAGAGUAAAGCAUAAGAUCUAUCAGGAUAUCCAGGGAGACAUGGCCUGCUUCAAGAGGUUCAAUGGAACUCAGGAGAUUGGCUGCACCUCCAAGUUCUCUGGGAAUAUUGGUGUGUUGCACGUCGUGGAGAAUAUGUCUGACCUGGAGUGGGUGUACAACAAGGGUCCUCAUCACCCAUAUAUCCUGGCCUUCACUCCUCGCUUCCUUAUCCCAGAGGUGCUGCAGCAGGCUCAACAUUCUGGUAAGGUGUCAGGCGUGGUGGUCAUGUUGCCACAAGACUACGAUCCUGGGAUGACCAGUAACUUCUCUGGUGAGUCACAGUGUCCCAACCACUGGCUUGGUCUCUACAGUAACUCCUCCACCUCUAAGUAUGCUGACCAUUGCUGGAAUAAUCCUUGGAACCCUAAUGGUAAUUCACUUCUGUAUAUGUCGUGGAAUUUCCCAAUCUUUUUGGUAGACAACCAGACAUCGAUCCAAAAUAUUAAGAACUAUUAUGAGGAUUUUAAUAAGCCUGGUGAUGAUGAGGAACCCCGAUCGUGGCCUCUAUGUUGCAUGGAAUUGAAGUCAAACAUGUUUGGAACCACCAAUACAGAAGUGUGUGUGAGACGGCGAGCCAUUGCAGCAUCGGUGUUCCAGCCAGUCAACUUCUGUGACCCACUUUAUGACUAUAACAUUUGGGGUACAGUUAAGCCCAUGAAUAGCUCAGAAGUUAUUCCUGAUAAGUCUGUUAUAGUUGUCGCUACCAGAAUGGAUGCAGCCACAAUGUUUGAUAAUAUUUCUCCUGGUGCAAAUUCUGCUGUGUCAGGGUUAGUGGUCCUCAUGGCUGCUGCUAAUGCACUCAAUGAGCUAAAGGAUGACAUAUUAAGUUCAGAGAAUGACAAAAAUGUACUGUUUGUAAUAUUCCAAGGAGAAACUUGGGGUUACAUUGGAUCAUCACGUAUGGUCUGGAACAUGGAAAAGGGAGAGUUUCCUUUCAAAUAUCAAGUUGACAAACCUGACCAGAUGUCACAAGUCAACUUCACACACAUUGACUACUUCAUUGAGUUAGCUCAGGUUGGUCAAGGAAUGACAGCUUCAGGAAGUCAGCUGUUUCUCCACACUGAUCCCAUCUCCAAUUCUGACCCUGUUGUUGGAAAUGAGACAGAAGCUUUGGUGAAUCUCUUGGAGUCAUUAGCUAACAAGUCUGGUAACCUACAGCUUGAGAGAGCUGAUAAAGAUGUGCCACUACCACCUGCAUCCUUCCAAAGUUUUCUGAAGAGGGUUAAUAUAUCUGGUGUAGUUAUUACUGAUCACAAAGAUAAGUUUAAGAAUCCUUACUAUGAGAGCAUAUUUGAUGAUUAUCGCAAUGUAAACUACAUGUCUGAAAAUACAAGUGAGGAAACUGAUGUAUACCACAACCACAUCAGUCGGGUUGCAAGCUUGCUGGCAGAAACCCUCUACACGCUCCUCACUGGACACACAAAAAACAUCAGUAUAGAUGAAAAACUGACAAAUGACCUCCUGUAUUGCUACAUGAAGAAUGUAAGUUGUCAAAUGUUUCGUGACUAUGGAGAUAAGUUGUCGCCAGAUUUCUUUAACAACAAGCCUGCCAAGUUGUAUGUCAGUGUCAAGGAAGGUGAGAGUGAUAGAACAUUACUCACUCACUGGAUUUUUGCCAGUAUUUUAGGCAAGGAAGUGGCACUAAACAAAACAGAUUGCAAGGCAGACAAUUUCUACCAAGUUAACCAGUUGUACUAUUUCUCCUCCCUAAAAAAUGGAACAUGCAUCAUGUCAACAGUGAGGAAGACGGAGGCUAUGAGUCCUGCAUUCCUGAUAGAUGAUUAUGACUGGCAGUCUGGCGAGUAUUCUACAUGGACAGAGAGUGGAUGGCAGUUAACCAAGGCUAUGAUCUUCUUGAAGCCUUCAGUGGCAGAGGAAGUUGGUCUAGUGUGUGGUGGAGUAGCUUCCCUCUUGCUAUCACUGCUUGUUGUCUAUUUUAUGAAUUCAAGAGCAGAUCUUCUUUUUGGGUUGUCUAUCCCUCCAGCAGCAUGCUAAAUAAAUAGAUGGGUAGUGUUCUUCUCUUGUGCUUAAACCAUUAUAAAAGAGAAAAAAUUUCCAUACAAUUUUUAAUCCAAUCCUUCAGACAAAUGUUAUUUUUGUUUAUUUACCAAAUAAAUUAUGGCUGUUGUAUAUUUUCAUAUAAAAUUAAAUAUUGUUAAUAUAGCCAAGGCUAAAGUAAAACUUACAUGUAACUAGUGUUACAUGUCAGUGCAGUGUAGUGGUACCACUACAAUUUACCAAAAAAUGGAGGCAGGUAUUACAUAGUAUUGUACAGUGUAAAGAUACUGGUUCAUUAAGAUCUCAAAAUAUUGCUGGGUAGGUUAAAUUAAGAAUUAAUUUCUUUUUGAUUCAUCUUGUAAUGAGUCACAUGUUACAUCUUAUGUUCAUAAAAUUUUCAGUGAAGUUAGCAUAGGUAUACAUAUGUACUUUAACCACUGUGCAUAGCAUCUUAAGGCAUUCUGAUGGUUGUGAUUUGUUUUUAAUAAGGCCAUAUUUUAAUGUUUUUUAAUGUUUUCAUCGCUCUUUGUGAUUUGAAAUGAAAAUGGUUGAGUUUGGAAACAUUUUAAUAUGAACAUUAGCUGAACAUUCAUCAAAACGACAAAAAUAUGUCCUUAACAACUACACCAUGAAAUUUUUGCCCAAAACAGGUGUGCAUUGCAGGGGUUAAAGAUAUACAGUUCACUGUUCAUCAACUUAGAGAUUCAUUGAUGGUAAAAAAAAGAAAUCUAUACUGUAUAAGUGGGGGAGGGGGGGGGGGUAAAAAUCUUCCAGUUUUUGUAUUGCAAACAUAGCAAUUAACCAAAAGCAUGCAGAUGAUAAGGUUUAAGCUAUUGUCAAUACUGAUGACUAAGUACUGUAAAAAAAAAAAAAAAUACUGUGAAUUGUUAUAAUUUAUCUAGUUCAAAAGUAUCAUAAAUAUAUUGUAGUAUCAGUGUACUGUAUAUAAAGACUUGUGCCAUUACAUUAUUUUGUGUAAUGGUUUUCAUUGCUAUUUAAACUGCAUAUCUUGAGGGUUUAUAUGUGUAUGCUUGAUGGUCAUCGCUGGCAAUACAAGUAUGGUGUGUGUGUGAUAAUGUUCAUUAUUUUCCCUUAUACUAUACAUGUCUUGUUCUUACUAUUGCCAGGCAUUUUUGAAACAUAAAUAUGUUUUCUUAAUUUAUACUGAUGGAAAAAAAAUACAAUUUCCAAUUUUGUUUUAAUUUUCUAUCAGUCAUUCAAUCAAGUAUUUAAAGUUAAACAAGACAGACAAGAAGUAAAUAUCUAAAAAAAAUAUACUAUAUAUAUAUAUAUAUAUAUAUAUAUAUAUAUAUAAUAUAAUAUAAUAUAAUAUAAUAUAUAUACCUAUAUUGCCAUUUUUUCAAUACUCGGUGUCUGACAAGUAACGCAAAUAACCAAGAAAUAUGUGGAAGCUAAAUGAAAGUUAAAAUUAUGCACUUUAAAACUUAAUAGACUUGAUCAUCAUAUUUUAGUGGUUUGAGUGUAUGACAUAAAACAUGUAAAAAUUAAAGACAAAUGUAAUUGUUCAUCAAUGUAAAUGAAGAAAUUUGAAUAGGCCUAUUGAUGUUUGAAAGGGCUAAUCUGAAUAAAAUUGUUUGAUUAGAACUUUGUCCAAAGGUGGAAAGUAAAUUUUUUCCUUAGGAUUGGGUUUAGGUUUGCCUGUAAAUAUAAUUAAAUACAGGUAUAAUAAUAAUUGUCUUGGUUUUGAAAGAUUGUGAUUUAUUAAAUACUGUAAAUGCAAUAAUUAUGGUUCUGAAAAUUUUUCCCAAAAUUUUUAGCAAUUGUAUGUUUUUAUAAUAAUUUUUAUAAUAUGUUUGUAAAAUGUUAUGAAAUAAGAGACUUGGUAGUUAUAGAGAUACAGUAUUUUCAAUUUUUUUUUAAAUUAUAAGGAUAAUUUGAUAACUAGAUCAGGUAAGGUUUAUGGGAUAGUCUUUCUCAAUAAAACUGAUUAUUAUAAUAAAUUUAAUAUCUUGAUUGUUAUAUUUAGAUUUAUUGUUAAAAAUGAAUGCAUCAUCAUUUAAUACUUGAAGCUAAAUUUAAUAUGGUAUUAUGAUUUAGGUCAUUCAACCUUAAAUAGUAGAUAAUGUGUACUGUUAUUUCUGUGCAGUUGGCUCCAAACUAGGUUGGUAAUAUAUGCUGCUUAAGAUUCAUUAACAGGAUUUUCCUGUUAGAUCAAUAAUUACUUUUAAUGCAUCAAGUUUAAAGUUAAAUAGUUCUGUGGUCAUGACAAGUAUAGAUCUUUUGGUCUUGCACAAAAGAUGUAGCAAUUUUGGUCUUAAUUUGGAAGCAGCUUGGUAAAUUGUUUAAGAUUGCAACUUGCAUUUGAUGGUAAUCUUUAUUCACAGCUUGGUGGUGUAGCAAUGGUAUUUGCUCUUUUCCCAUAUGAUACUCGUACUAUUUCUUUGUAUUUUUAAUUAAGAAGCUUUGAAUAGACUUGUCACUUAGACUUAAAGCCCAUUUUUUUAUUGUAGAUAUGUAAUCCCUUUCUGGUUUUCAGUUAUUAUUCAUUCUUUCACCUUGGAUAAGGUUACUUUAAUUCAAAAUAUACAAACUUGGGAAAGUACUCAGUGAAAUUGAGGCUAUAGUAAUCCUAAAAUAGCAUUUGUGGAUGUAUUUAUUUAUUUUAGAGGUCACAUUACUAUAGUUCAUUGAAAAUCACAUUCAAUGGACUUGGAUUGAAUAUUUUUUCCCCUAUUUUUUUUUAUAUAUAUAUACAAGAGUUGUUACAUUCUUGUAACAGUUUAACAUUCUAAUUGUUACAUUCUUGAUUUAAGACUAAUAGCUGAUUUAGCCAUUUAUUAUGUACACUAUUCUCAUUCUGUAGGCAUUGGUAUUAGCAUUAAAACUUCAGUUACAGAUAUCACAGUGAUAAAGAACUCUGUAAUACAAGGUUGGCAUGAAACUUUAUGGUUUCAAUUGUUGGAGAGACGGGGUUAGCUAUUGCAUAUACCAAAUUAUGUAUAGUACUAUAAAAUGUGACCUAUCCUUUUGACUGUUCUGUCACUGAAACAGAAAGCAGGAAAUGUCUAAAUAGGUUACAUAUUGGCCACAUACAAUUAACUUGUGGGCACUUAACAGAAUGCCUGAAUUUUUAAUUUUUUUUCUUACUAUGUUCUCUUUUUGUAAGCAGGUACUUUGUCUAUCGCCUAUACCCAAGCUGUACCAACACCUCAAACCCUGCCACUUUCACCCAGUGCCGUACCUUCCCAUCAUACUCUUCCUUUGUUCCUUAACUACUACUAGUUGAAUCAGGCCUCACCAUGUCUGUUGACUAAACUUACCCAUAUACAUUCUUCCCCACUGUAGGCAGAGGAUGAUGGUAGUUUUUUUUUAUAAAUAUUAAUACUGUUGGUUGCAUUGAUAUAUGCCUGGCAUAAUGUAAAAUUGCCGGUCUCUGAAGCCAAACCCUUAGAUGAUGGCUCGUGAAGAAUUUGGGUUGAUUUGGUGUAAAUCCGGCUUAUGUCAUGUGAUGUAAAGAAAUUGGAAUUUUACUUAUAAAUCCCUAUAAUUACCAAGAUUUCAUAACUCUGGUUGUUAUCAUCUAAUAAAACGAUAAACCUUAUUAUACAUUCCGACCGUCCCUCGUGGUCACUUGUCCCUCAAUAGAAUUCUUGGUGAAUCGGAUACUUUUGAUAUCGUUCGCCUUAUGCAUUUGUUCUCAUAUUGGCAACCUUAGUGAUAUUUAGCGCCCUAUGAUUAUUCCGCACAUUUGAUGGCACUACAUAGCCUUUCCGGCUUGGUGCCGUCUUUUGAUAAUUACUUGAUUGCUUGUUAUUAUACAAAAGAAAUUCAUGAUUAAAGUUUUAGAGCAUGUAGCACUAUCAUGCUCAAAAAUAUAUAUUCAAAAUAUUAACCUUGAAACAAUUUCUAGUAUUUUUCUUUUCAUGAUUAUUAGAUAUUUUCCUUGAAUUCUGCCAGAAAGGAAAAUGUAAUUAGGUGUAAUAUUUCAUCCAUCAGAAAUUGAUAUAAAUAUCUGGAUUUAAUUAAUUAUAAAUUAUAAAUAUACAAGGAAGGGUAUUGGACUUUAGCAUUUUUUUUUUUUUUUUUUUUUUUUUUUUCAAUGCAGAAACUUGUACAGUAAUUUACCAUAAGUGCCACCACUCCCUAUGCCUCUAGAGGAGGCCAGCUUCUGGCUUAUGGUCUCUGGCAGGCUAAUAGAAUUCCAUGACUGAUGGCACAUAGUAUGACACUUAGAAAUUAGCUUUAGGGAACCAACGGGGCUUGCCCAGAAAUUGGCAUUUUGUUACAUUCAACUUUUUUUUUUUUAACAAUGUAUUUUUAAAGUGAUCGCAACAUUUUGUUUAUUUACUUUAUUGUAUUUUUCCAGUGAGUUGGUGUAAUAGAGCUGACAUGGUAUUGUGACUUGCCAUCAAAGCUUGAAUUGAAUUUGUAUGUUUACAUGUAUGAAAGAAAGAUAACUAUUUAUAAUAAAAGUUUUAAGAAA